AUGGUUACGUUUAAUUGUGAGGUGUGUAAUGACACAGUGCCCAAGAAGAACACAGAAAAGCAUUAUUAUAGGUGUCCGAAUGCAUACUACACGUGUAUAGACUGCUCCAAGACUUUUGAAGACGGUGUAAGCUACAAGAACCACACAUCUUGCAUCAGCGAGGACGAGAAGUACCAGAAAGCACUGUACAAGGGCAAUAAGAAGCAGAAGCAGAAGCAGAAGCAGCCGGCGGCAGCUCCUGCCAAGAAGGUAGAAAAGCCCGUUGUCAAGAAGGUAGAGAAGGUGAGAAAGGCCACCAACGGUAUCGAGCUCCAAAAGGGCGAGUCAUUGUACAAAAUCCUGAAGAACAUCAAGGAUAAAGAUGCGAAGAAGACCUUUUUGAAAAACCUGGUCGUGGACGCAGAGGGGAGCAUCAAAUAUGCAAAGGAAUAA